AUGUCAAUAUCCUCGAUCAAGACAGCUAUCAAAAAUAUUUCCCGCGGGGAAGGAAGUAAAAAGAAACGUACGAAAUAUUCCCGGUGGACUGGAAGAUUAAGCGGGAAACAGAAGGAAGACCCCGCGGACAAUCUAACUGGGGCCGGCUCAGAAAGAUGCGAUGGGGACCCUGCCACUCCCAACUCCUCGACUUCAAAGGAAGUGUUCGACCCUUGGCUGGAGGCGCAGCAGCUUCUCAGAAAGGACGAGACCCUGGACAAAAUAUGGGUGGAAUCAAUUCAUAUUCUCAACUCGAGACUGGGAUUGAAGUCCGAAGAUGAUGGGAACGCCAUCCACGACAUCGGCCAAGACGACAAACGGAAGAAACUGACCAAGGUGUGUCAGAAUAUUCUUUUGGUCAAGGGCAUUGUCAACUCUGCAGCAGCUGCCAGUCCUCCCGCUGCUGUAGCAUGUGCCGGCAUUACGGCUGGGCUCUUGCUGUUUAUACAGGCCAUGGAACAACAUGAAAGUCUUCUACAGGGCUUGGACUCCAUCUCCUCCUUAUUACCUCGACUCCAUAUGAUCGAACAACAUUUCCUGCGCCGUGAGAUCGGCCUAAGCGCCAAACUGAGAAGAUCGCUCGAGAGAAAUAUGAUAGUACUAUGUUCUAAAGUCCUUGAAUUUCAGUCUCGGGCCAUUUGCUAUCUGGGAAAACCGACUGCAAAACAGUUCCUAAAAGACCUGGCAAAGCACGAUGGCUGGGACGGAAUACUUGGGGAUAUCGAACGAUAUGACACCUACCUCAAGGACGCCACUUCCUCAGCGUGUGACUUAAAGGUCGAUAGCCAACUUAACGCUCUCCAGGACAAGCUACAGCAAAUGCAGGUAUGGCAAACUAUGUCUGUGAUCGAUCAAAGAAGAACCAAUCUCUUCCAGCGGCUAUACACCUGUCCGUACAAGGAUCGCAAAGAUAUAAAUAACAAGCGUGUGCCAGGAACCUGCGAAUGGUUUACAAGUCAUCCUCAAUUCACAAGGUGGAACGAAAGCGUCAACUCUGAACUACUCUGGGUGUCCGCAGAGCCGGGCUGCGGGAAGUCAGUCCUCACCAGAUACUUGGCUGAUGAAUAUUUGCCUAUGGGCAUUUCGCAUUGGCCGGCCUCCAGAAGAGUGUGCCUGAAGGCAUACUGCGCUGCGGGCAAAUGA